CCCCUCUCAUCUUCUCUACUUCCACACUUUUCUCUCUCAAAAAACUCUUGAGAAUGAAGACUUUUUCAAGCUUCUUUCUCUCUGUAACAACUCUCUUCCUCUUCUCCUUCUUUUCUCUUUCAUUUCAAGCUUCACCAUCUCAGUCUUUAUACAGAGAAAUCCAUCAGCUUAUAAGCUUCAAAAACGUUCUUCCUGACAAGAAUCUUCUCCCAGACUGGUCUUCCAACAAAAACCCGUGUUCUUUCGAUGGCGUUACUUGCAGAGACGACAAGGUUACUUCGAUUGAUCUCAGUUCCAAGCCUCUCAACGUUGGAUUCAGUGCCGUGGCUUCAUCUCUUAUGUCUCUCACCGGAUUAGAGUCUCUGUUUCUCUCAAACUCACACAUCAAUGGCUCCAUUUCUGGCUUCAAGUGCUCUGCUUCUUUAACCAGUUUGGAUCUAUCAAGAAACUCUCUUUCGGGUCCUGUAACGACUCUAACAAGUCUUGGUUCUUGUUCCGGUCUGAAAUUUCUUAACGUCUCCUCCAAUACUCUUGAUUUUCCCGGGAAAGUUUCAGGUGGGUUGAAGCUAAAUAGCUUGGAAGUUCUUGAUCUUUCUUCGAAUUCGCUCUCCGGUGCUAACGUCGUUGGUUGGGUUCUCUCCGAUGGCUGUGGAGAGUUGAAGCAUUUAGCGAUUAGCGGAAACAAAAUCAGUGGAGACGUUGAUGUUUCUCGUUGCGUGAAUCUCGAGUUUCUCGAUGUUUCGUCCAACAAUUUCUCCACUGGGAUUCCUUUUCUUGGAGAUUGCUCUGCUCUGCAACAUCUUGACAUCUCCGGGAACAAAUUAUCCGGCGAUUUCUCCCGUGCUAUCUCUACUUGCACAGAGCUCAAGUUGUUGAACAUCUCCGGUAACCAAUUCGUUGGACCAAUCCCUCCACUGCCGCUUAAAAGUCUCCAAUACCUCUCUCUGGCUGAGAACAAAUUCACCGGCGAGAUCCCUGAGUUUCUCUCCGGCGCGUGUGAUACACUCACUGGUCUUGAUCUCUCUGGAAAUGGUUUCUACGGUACGGUUCCUCCAUUCUUCGGUUCUUGUUCUCUUCUGGAAUCACUCGCGUUGUCGAGUAACAACUUCUCUGGCGAGUUACCGAUGGAUACGUUGUUGAAGAUGAGAGGACUCAAAGUACUUGAUCUGUCUUUCAACGAGUUUUCCGGCGAAUUACCGGAGUCUCUGUCGAAUCUUUCCGCUUCGUUGCUAACGUUAGAUCUCAGCUCCAACAAUUUCUCCGGUCCGAUUCUCCCGAAUCUUUGCCGGAACCCUAAAAACACUCUGCAGGAGCUUUAUCUUCAGAACAAUGGCUUCACCGGGAAGAUUCCACCGACUUUAAGCAACUGUUCUGAGCUCGUUUCGCUUCACUUGAGCUUCAAUUACCUCUCCGGGACAAUCCCUUCGAGCUUAGGCUCUCUGUCGAAGCUUCGAGAUCUGAAACUAUGGCUGAAUAUGUUAGAAGGAGAGAUCCCUCAGGAGCUCAUGUAUGUCAAGACCUUAGAGACUCUGAUUCUCGACUUCAACGAUUUAACCGGUGAAAUCCCUUCCGGUUUAAGUAACUGUACCAAUCUGAACUGGAUUUCUCUCUCGAAUAACCGGUUAACCGGUCAGAUUCCAAGAUGGAUCGGUCGGUUAGAGAAUCUCGCUAUCCUCAAGCUGAGCAACAAUUCAUUCUCCGGAAACAUUCCGGCUGAGCUCGGCGACUGCAGAAGCUUAAUCUGGCUUGAUCUCAACACCAAUUACUUCAACGGAACGAUUCCGGCGGAAAUGUUCAAACAAUCCGGGAAAAUCGCUGCCAAUUUCAUCGCCGGCAAGAGGUACGUUUACAUUAAAAACGAUGGGAUGAAGAAACAGUGUCACGGAGCUGGUAAUUUACUUGAGUUUCAAGGAAUCAGACCGGAACAACUUAUCCGGGUUUCAACGAGGAACCCUUGUAAUUUCACCAGAGUCUAUGGAGGUCAUACUUCGCCGACGUUUGAUAACAACGGUUCGAUGAUGUUUCUGGACAUGUCUUAUAACAUGUUGUCUGGAUACAUACCAAAGGAGAUUGGUUCGAUGCCUUAUCUGUUUAUUCUCAAUUUGGGUCAUAACUUUAUCUCUGGUUCGAUUCCUGAUGAAGUAGGUGAUCUGAGAGGGUUAAACAUUCUUGAUCUCUCAAGCAAUAAGCUCGAAGGGAGGAUUCCUCAGGCUAUGUCAGCGCUUACUAUGCUUACGGAAAUCGAUUUGUCGAAUAAUAAUUUGUCUGGUCCGAUUCCUGAGAUGGGUCAGUUUGAGACUUUUCCACCGGCUAAGUUCUUGAACAAUUCUGGUCUCUGUGGUUAUCCGCUUCCGCGGUGUGAUCCCUCAAAUGCAGACGGGUAUGCUCAUCAUCAGAGAUCUCAUGGAAGGAGACCAGCGUCUCUUGCUGGUAGCGUGGCGAUGGGAUUGUUGUUCUCUUUUGUGUGUAUAUUUGGGCUGAUCCUUGUUGGUAGAGAGAUGAGGAAGAGACGGAGAAAGAAAGAGGCGGAAUUGGAGAUGUAUGCGGAAGGACAUGGAAACUCUGGCGAUAGAACCGCUAACAACACCAAUUGGAAGCUGACGGGUGUGAAAGAAGCCUUGAGUAUCAAUCUUGCUGCUUUCGAGAAGCCAUUGCGGAAACUCACGUUUGCAGAUCUUCUUAAGGCCACAAACGGUUUCGACAACGAUAGUCUGAUUGGAUCCGGUGGGUUUGGAGAUGUUUACAAAGCGAUUUUGAAAGAUGGAAGCGCGGUGGCUAUCAAGAAACUGAUUCAUCAUGCAAAACUGCGGAUUAGCGACGUGUUUGACCCCGAGCUUAUGAAGGAAGAUCCAGCAUUAGAGAUCGAACUUUUACAACAUUUAAAAGUUGCGGUUGCGUGUUUGGAUGAUCGGGCUUGGAGACGACCGACAAUGGUACAAGUCAUGGCCAUGUUUAAGGAGAUACAAGCCGGGUCAGGGAUAGAUUCACAGUCGACAAUCGGAUCAAUAGAGGAUGGAGGGUUCAGUACAAUAGAGAUGGUUGAUAUGAGUAUUAAAGAAGUUCCUGAAGGCAAAUUAUGAGAGUUAGAAACAGAGCCAAAGCAGAUUCUUUGAACAUCAAUCAUCUAAGGGUCAGUCCGAUUUUCCUUGGGUCU